AUGGCUACUUCCGUCUCACCACCACGCUCACUGGAUUCGGCGCCUGAGUUCACUAGCUCACCUCCCUCUUCCUCGCGACCAUCCUUAACCCUCGAUAUCGCCAACAUGCCCGCACUCUCUCAGCCAACACCACCCUCCAACACCCUCCUAAUCACCAAUCUCCACGAUCUACUCGUCUUUCAACCCUCAGCACUGGAAGAAAUCCGCAACCAGAUCACCGCUGUGGCACCUCUAAACUCCUUCUCCCCACUUCCCUCAAUGCGCCGCAUCGUGUGCUCCUUCCAGAAUGAGUCCGACGCCACCGCCGUGCGCAAACUCCUGGACGGCAAGCGCCUGCUAAACCGUGACGUCUACCCCCGAAUCUACUUCGGCGAGCCGACUGCAAUCCUAGAUGGCGGCCGACCAAAACUCCUCGAAGCCCCGCAAGUUUCCAAGAUGUUCUUUAUCUCACCGCCGCCCAGCCCGCCACACGGAUGGGUCGUGCGCAACGAAGACCCGCCCAACAAAGAAGUUCACGCCACGGAUCUGGCUCAUGCGUUGUCCAAACUCAAUACAGACCAGACGCAGCCCGAGGCGUCUGCUGUUGACCCCGCGACACCGGUCUCCAUCUCUUCCGAUAAACGCACGUCCAGCUGGCCGCUUGCAGGCUCCCAGCAGCGUAGCAGGAGCAGCACGAUCAUCUACAAUCCUGAGGACCAUGGCGAUAGUCCCAAUCUUCCAGCUGUUAUGGUUGAGGAUAUGACGCUGGGUAUUGAGGAUGUGGAUAUGGAUACUGAAAUGAGCCCGAUUGAGAUGUCGGUUAACCAAAUGCCGCCCAAGACUUCUCGUCCACCGAUUGAGUUGAUGGAGUAG